AUGCAAAUUCCAUCAUUUUUCCACAGGUUAUGUUUAUAUCGACUGUCUUCAGAAGAUGAAAAAAUCAAUGGUGCUAAUAUCAGUAAUGAUACUCCGCCUGUGACCUACAAGGACGUUAUAAAGGCUUUAGAUAAGCUUCAAGCAAACCGCAGCAAAGCAUUAGGGGCACCCCGUAUCCCUCAAGUGCAGUGGAAGGACAUAGGUGGCUUAGAAGAAGCCAAGCGUGAGGUAGUGAACACUAUCCAGCUUCCUCUGCGUCAUCCAACACUGGUUUCGAGCGGCCUUCGACGAUCAGGUGUUUUAUUGUAUGGUCCACCAGGGACAGGAAAAACUCUCCUGGCAAAAGCAGUGGCAACUGAGUGUGGUCUUAAUUUUAUGUCUGUUAAAGGACCUGAACUGCUUAAUAUGUAUGUUGGGCAGAGUGAAGAAAAUGUUCGUCAAGUAUUUGCCCGUGGCAAAGCAGCAGCUCCGUGUGUUAUAUUCUUUGAUGAAUUGGACUCUUUAGCACCAAACCGCGGUCGUUCAGGAGAUUCUGGUGGGGUUAUGGAUAGGUAGGUUGUUCAGUUCGCACAGAAAGAUUUUGU